UCCACAACAUCCAGCAAGGAGGAGGUGGCAAGGCACUCUAUCAAUUCUGAAGUUGGUUCGGUAUGAAGGAAUAUUCCCUAUUAAAACCAACCGGAAGAAAAUGAAAUGUUUAGAAAUGGCCACACCAUAAAUGACUACCGUCUCGUGGAGCUUCAAGUCUGAGAAACUUAAUUUCAUUCUCGCGUUUAUUUUUCCGUUCCUUGUGACGACAGAGGACUUGUAUUAGAUUGCGUGGUGGGCCGUAACUACGGGUUAAAAGUAUGUCUUUUUUUAUGAAAUCGCUACCGCUGAAUUUCAAGAAGAUGCUGCUAGUCUGUUGAGAUCCAUUUAUUAAACCGGUUGUUACAUAGUCUAAGAAUGACCGUGUGUGUAUUGGGGCAGUAACGUUAACCAUCCCAAGACCACCCUUGUGAAUUUGGUUGAGAAUGAUCAAAUGUAGCCAACGUGUCAUGUGAACUGUUUAAUUUACAAUAAUAAUAAUGCGCGAUUGAUGUUUCAGCUCAUGAGUAAAUGCGGGUAUUGAAUUGUAGUUUAUUAUUAUUGAGUUUAUUUCAAGAAUCAUCUGUCUACUUGUCUAGCGGCUAAAUGGACACAGUGGCGCGAGCAAGCUGCCCUAUUACAGCCUGAUAGACACUUGGACGUUAUUGGGAAUUUUGGAUUAUUCUUCUUUCUUUGUGGGAAUUGCUGGAAAAGCCACUCAUACUAAACUCACAGAAGAUGUCGUCGUUCUUCAAUUUUCGUAAAAUCUUCAAGUUGGGGUCUGAUAAGAAGAAGAAACAGUAUGAGCACGUACACAGAGACGAGAACCCGGAGGAAAUCUGGGAGAUUAUUGGGGAACUGGGAGAUGGGGCCUUUGGGAAAGUAUACAAGGCCCAGAACAAGCAGACUGGGACCCUGGCUGCUGCCAAGGUGAUCGAUACCAAGACAGAGGAGGAGUUGGAGGAUUACAUGGUGGAGAUAGACAUUCUGGCCUCCUGUGAUCACCGUUACAUAGUCAAACUGCUGGAUGCCUUCUAUUAUGAAAGCAAACUGUGGAUUCUGAUUGAGUUCUGUGCGGGAGGUGCUGUCGACGCAGUCAUGUUGGAGCUUGAGAGGCCUCUGACAGAGCCCCAGAUCCGGGUGGUGUGUAGGCAGACGUUGGAGGCCCUGGCCUACCUUCAUGAGAUCAAGGUCAUCCACAGAGACCUGAAGGCUGGGAACAUCCUUUUCUCACAGGAGGGAGACAUCAAAUUGGCUGACUUUGGCGUGUCCGCUAAGAAUACCAUGACGCUGCAGAGAAGAGAUUCUUUCAUUGGCACUCCAUAUUGGAUGGCUCCAGAGGUGGUGAUGUGUGAGACAUCUAAGGACCGUCCGUACGACUACAAGGCUGACAUCUGGUCCCUGGGGGUCACCCUGAUUGAGCUGGCACAGAUAGAACCUCCUAACCACGAGAUGAACCCCAUGAGAGUCCUGCUGAGAAUAGCCAAGGCCGAUCCGCCCACACUCAUGCAGCCUUCACGCUGGUCACCAGAGUUCAAUGACUUUCUGAGGAAGGCACUGGAUAAGAAUGUGGACCGUAGGUGGUGCACAGCCCAGCUCUUGCAGCAUCCCUUUGUUAGCAGUGUAGUUGACAACAAACCGCUGAGAGAACUGAUUGCUGAGGCCAAUGCUGACGUCUUAGAGGAGAUAGAAGAAGGCAAAGAGGAAGAUGAAGAAGAAGAGACGGAUGCAACUCUGGUGGUGCCCGGACAUAAGCGAGCGCCAUCAGACACCAGCAUGGCCAGCUCUGAGGAUGAGAAGCUCUCUGAGACCACCUCUACACUGGACUCAGUCACAGAGAAGACAGAGCCUGAGACUGCAGAGGACAAGGCCAGUGAUAAGCUGUCUGACGAGGGCCUUGGGACCAGCGUGGGCGACAGGGCAGAGGGUGAGAAACUGAACGAGGUGUCUGAUGCCAGUAAUGAGGACUUAGUCAAUGGACAGGUGAAGGCCAUGGAGCCCAAACCAGAGGAAAGCCCUGCUGGAAAGCCUGAGGAGAUUCCUGACUGUCAGAUCACCAUUGUGCCAGAAGCACCAUCAGACACACAGGAGAGUGUGAUUGUGAGUGAGGAGACAGGGGAAGAGGAGAAAGUAGAGGAUGGACCUCCACAAGUAUUCCUGAAGGAAAGAGGAGAAGUAGAGGAGAGGAAGACAGAGGAGGACGUGAAGAAGGAACCAAUCAAAGAGGAGCCAGAGGUGAUUCUCCAGCCUCCCACCAAAUUCACAGAUCCAGGGGACCAGCCUAUGAGUGCUUUAGAGGAGCCUGGCGCCGUAUCGACCGAGGUCAAUGCUAAACCAGAGGAGAUUGAGAAGGAGACGCUCAUUGAGGAGAUGACAGAGGAGGUUAAACCAGAGGCUGAUGGGGUCACAGACAUAAACACAGACACCGACUUGAAUGAAGACACAGACAACACAGAAUCGGACGUCAACACAGACGCAGAGGUAGACGCAGCUGAGGGCUCCACAGAGGUCUCUGCAGACACAGAAGCCCAAAGAGACAAUAAUGUAAUACCGGUGGUGAUUCUUGAGGAGGGGACCUCAGACGAGAGGGAGGAGAAGCCACCAGAUGAGGAAGCUCCAUCCCAGGAUGCUGUUUCGGAGUCAAAGACCGACCAGGAAAGCACUCCUGUUAAGUCGGAGCUAGAUGUGGAGAAGGAUUCUGACUCGGGGAGCAGCUCUGCAGCAGAUAGUAACAGCAUGGACCUCAACCUAUCCAUCUCCAGUUUCCUGUCCAAAAAGGCUGAGGCGGGGUCUGUGUCCAUACAGGACACGAGACGGCAGAAGAAGACUCUGAAGAAGACCCGUAAGUUCAUGGUAGACGGAGUGGAGGUCAGUGUGACCACGUCAAAGAUAGUCACCGAUAACGACACCAAGAACGAGGAGAUGAGAUUCCUGAGGCGCCAGGAGCUGAGAGAGCUGCGUCUGCUGCAGAAGGAGGAGCAUAGAGCCCAGCAGGCGCUCAGCGACAAGCUGCAGCAGCAGAGAGAACAGAUCUACCGCCGCUUCGAGCAGGAGAUGACGGGUAAGAAGCGUCAGUACGACCAGGAGGUGGAGAAUCUGGAGAAGAAACAGAAGCAGACCAUCGAGCGGCUGGAGCAGGACCAUACCAACCGGCUGAGGGACGAGGCAAAACGCAUCAAGGCCGAGCAGGACAAGGAGCUCUCCAAGUUUCAGAACAUGCUCAAGAACCGCAAGAAGGAGGUGAAACAGGAAGUUGAACAGUCACCCAAAUUCAUGAGGAGAGCGCUCAUGAAACUCUUAAAGGAAGAUCUAUCUCUCAUUCAGACUCCAAAGGGUGUGGCCCAGAUUAUGAUACAGUCUUUUCAGUUGUCCUCAUGUGCUCUCUUCAACGCUCAGAUGCAGGAUGAGCAGGAGUUUCUGCAGAAGCAGCAGCAGGAGUUGGAUGGAGCCCUGAAGAAGAUCAUCCAACAGCACAAACAUGAGAUCGCCACCAUCGAGAGAGACUGCCUCAACCACAAGCAACAGCUUAUGAGAGCUCGAGAGGCAGCCAUGUGGGAGCUGGAAGAGCGCCACCUGCAGGAGAAGCACCAGCUGCUCAAGCAGCAGCUCAAAGACCAGUACUUCAUGCAGAGACACCAGCUGCUCAAGAGACACGAGAAGGAAAUGGAGCAGAUGCAGCGCUACAACCAGCGUCUGAUUGAGGAGAUGAAGAACAGACAGGCCCAGGAGAGAGGUCGUCUGCCGAAGAUCCAGCGGGGUGAUGCCAAGACACGCAUGGCCAUGUUCAAGAAGAGCCUCCGCAUCACCUCUGCACCUGGCACCCCGGAGCAGGAAAGGGAGAAGAUCAAACAGUUUGCGGCCCAGGAGGAGAAGAGGCAGAAGAACGAGAGACUCCAUCAACAUCAGAAACAUGAGAACCAGAUGAGAGACCUGCAGCUGCAGUGUGACUCCAACAUCAGAGAGCUGCAGCAGCUUCAGAAUGAGAAGUGCCAUCUCCUGAUUGAACACGAGACUCAGAAGCUGAAGGAGCUCGAUGAAGAGCACAGCCAGGAGCUGCAGGAGUGGAGGGAGAAACUGCGGCCCAGGAAGAAGGCCUUGGAGGAGGAAUUCACACGCAAGCUCCAGGAGCAGGAGGUCUUUUUCAAGAUGAGCGGCGAGUCGGAAUGCCUUAACCCCACGACCCAGAGCCGAGUGUCCAAGUUCUACCCCAUCCCUAGUGUGCACAACUCUGGUUUAUAGCCCUCCCCAGCACAGGAACAUACUGGCUGGGCUCAUAGACUGUGUCCCCAUGGUGGUGGGGAGGACCUCAACCCUGUUGUUAUCUGGAAACUAGCGUUGGUCUAUUGUGGAUCUUAGGCUAGUGUGAUGUCUUCACACAAGCAUGCACAUACACUAAUGUUCAAAAGUUUGGGGUCACUUAGAAAUGUCCUUGUCUUUGAAAGAAAAUAUUUAAAAAAUAUCCCUUAAAAUAACAUCAAAUUGAUCAGAAAUACAGUGUAGACAUGAAUGUUUUAAAUGACUGUUGUAGCUGGAAAUGGCAGAUUUUUUUUUGUAAUGGAAUAUCUACAUAGUCAUACAUUGCCCAUUAUCCAUCACUCCUGUGUUUCAAUGGCACAUUGUAUUAGCUAAUCCAAGUAUAUAAUUUUAAAAGACUAAUUGAUAAUAAUGUUAGCACAGCUAAAAACUGUUGUACUGAUUAAAGAAGAAAUAAAACGGGCCUUCUUUAGACUAGUUGAGUAUCUUCAGCAUCAGCAUUUGUGGGUUCGAUUACAGGCUCAAAAUGGCCAGAAACAAAGACCUUUCUCCUGAAUCUCGUCAGUCUUUUCUUGUUCUGAGAAAAUUAAGGCUAUUGCAUGUGCGCUGUUCUGUGAAGGGAGUGCUACACAUUGUUGUACGAGAUGUUCAGUUUCUUGGCAAUUUCUGACAUGGAAUAGCCUUCAUUUUGCAAAACAAGAAUAGGCUGCAGAGUUUCAGAAGGUCUUUGUUUCUGGCCAUUUUGAGCCUGUAAUCAAACCCACAAAUGCUGAUGCUGAAGAUACUCAACUAGUCUAAAGAAGGCCAGUUUUAUUGCUUCUUUAAUCAGUACAACAGUGUUCAGCUGUGCUAACAUAAUUGCAAAGGGGUUUUCUAAUUAUCAAUUAGCCUUUCAAAAUGAUAAACUUGGAUUAGCUAACACAAUGUGCCAUUGGAACACAGGAGUGAUGGUUGCUGAUAAUGGACCUCUGUACGACUAUGUAGAUAGGUUUCCUGCUACAAUAGUAAUUUACAACAUUAACAAUGUCUACACUGUAUUUCUGAUCAAUUUGAUGUUAUUUUAAAGGACAGAAAAUGUGCUUUUCUUGAAAAAACAUGGGCAUUUCUAAGUUACCCCAAACUUUUGAACAGUAGUGUACAUAUGCAAGAGCACACACACACACACACACACACACACACACACAGCAGUGUCAGCUGUCAUAUAGAGGGAUGCAAUCGCAACUUUCCUUUUCAAGCCUUUAUUUUCUCCUUCUUCCCCCUUACAAUUUCACCCUUCUCAGCUACAAGGAAAAUGUCGUCAAAAGUGACAAUUGCACUUUUCUGAGCAUGGUUAUGUUUUACCACUUUUUAAAAUAGCUCAGGCAAAUUUCAAACCAAUUGCAAGUACCAAGUUUAUAAAGAACCCAGUGCCUAAAUGAAUUGACAUAAUGAUCGUGCUUUUCUCCAGACUUGCUCUCUUACCUGCAGCCCAGUGCUCCCCUGAGGCCUUUUGCACUAAAAUGGCUGGAAAUGUGUACAAACCAUGAAAUAUCAUCAAACCUUUAUUUUUUAGUGAUCCAUAUAAGCUGGUGGUUGAGUUCAUUCUAAGGUCGUUGAUUGAUGGAUAUCUGUUGACAAAUAAGUAAUUUUUUUGGUAAAUCGUGAAGUGCUCAUUCACGUGAUGUACUAUGUAUGGAGUUGUGAUUUAUUUUAGAUACUGUCCUGUAUAUUAGAACAAAUGUUCCCACUUUCUCCCUAUUGUAAUCCGUAGAUUUUUUGUUAGACUUCUGGGUUGUCGUCAUGUCAGUCACCUUUCCUGUUAAAAAUCGACACAGCUUAUUGUCUUUUGGUUAUACUUUGAACACAUUAUUUUGGAUGUGGCAGACAUACAUAUUAUUACACUGAAAGGAAUGUAAGCCGCUGAUCAUCAUUUUUCACUGUUUUAUGUGAACUGGGAAUAUGCAGUAAUGGGCUGUUUAUGUAUGUACAGUGAGCUCCAAAAGUAUUGGGACAGUGACACAUUUUUUAUUUUUUUGCUCUGUACUCCAGCACUUUGGAUUUUAAAUGAGUCAUUGUACUCUGUAUUUGAAAUGGUACAGAGCUAAAACAACAAAAUGUGUGUCACUGUCCCAAUACUUUUGGAGCUCACUGUGUCUUACAGUCAGUAAAAAAACGAGGGUCCACUUGGAUUAGUUCUAUUUUCAAAUGACUUUUUGCCACCUCUACCCAAAUCUAUUUUAUUUUCAAAUGAACUGAAUCAUUCAAAGCUGUGGCGCCUUGCAUUUUGUUCUGUAUUUAUACUUUUAUUUUCAAUUUGAAAUAUGUCCUUACUAUUUUACUGGGUUGGGGUCAAUUCUAAUUUAAUUUAAAAUUCCAAUAAAUUGUUUGAAUUCACUCAUGAAGUGGAGAAUUUAAUUAAAUUCUCAUUUUUAAAAAGUCUUCAAGCUAUGGAAAUGAACUGGAAUUAGAUUUGUUUGGACUUUUUGAAUUGGAAUUGUAAAACCAGUUAAUAAAGUGAAUGCACAUAGCAUCAAA